AUGGAUAUAUUUGGUAUACUAAGAAGAUUACCAGAAAUUGUUGCCUAUAAUAAGUUUGAUGAUGAUCUCUACGAUAGAUUAAAUUAUGCUCAUACAGUUGUUAUACUAACAGUAUUUGCCAUUAUUGUAACAAAUAAGCAAUUUAGUGAAAAUCAAAUCAAAUGUUGGGUACCCGCUCAGUUUACCGGUAAUUAUGAGUCGUAUGUAAAUCAAAUAUGUUUUAUAACAAAUACCUAUAGUUUCGAUAUGCAUGAAAUGAUAUCUGACGAUGAUCAAUUACGUCAUGAACGUGAAUUAAAAUAUUAUCAAUGGACACCAUUUAUCUUAUUAUUAAUGGCCAUACUAUUUUAUGUUCCACAUCAAUUAUGGCGUGGUUUAAGUUUAAGAAGUGGUGUAGAUAUUAAAGAUUUAAUUGACGCAGCAUAUAAUUAUCGUUCAUCAACAACACGUCGAGAUGAUAGAAUUAAAUUAUUAGAUUAUAUUUGUAAUUGGUUAAAUGGUUAUUGUUCAAAUGGUUAUCGAAUAUCGAUACAUAGUGGACACAGUGUUCAACAGGAUUCAAAAAAGAAACAACAUCGUUUUUUACAUAUCAUUCGAAGAAUUAAACAUGUAUUAAAAUAUUUACUAUUUCCAGUUGGUAUUUAUACAGGAAAUUAUCUUGUUAUUAGUUAUUUAUUUAUUAAAUUUUUAUAUCUUCUUAAUUCAAUUGGACAAAUUCUUCUUUUAAACGCGUUACUUGGAAGACAAUUUUGGUAUUAUGGUGUUGAGUUAAUUCAUCGAUAUUUGACAAAACAGAUUGGACUUUUACAUACGGGUUCAGAAUAUUUUCCAAAAGUUGUUUUAUGUGACUUUAAUGUUCGUGAACCAAAUCAUCCAAAAGAGAGUCAUCGAUAUACAGUGCAAUGUGUACUUCCGUUUAAUCUGUUUAAUCAACAAAUAUUCACCUAUUUGUGGUUUUGGUUAGUUCUAUUGUCUCUAUUUAAUGGUGUAUCAAUAGUCAUCUGGUUAUAUCGUAUGUCACCAUUCAAUAAUCUUCAAUAUCUCGAACGUCGUUUACCAAAAUUAGAUGAAGCUGACAUUCGACGUGUAUUCGUCUAUCGAUAUUUACAAGGUGAUGGUACAUUUAUGUUACGUUUAAUUGCGUCGAAUGUUAGCGAUUAUGUGUGUAAUAAAGUUAUUGCCGAAGUUUAUAAAACAUUUAAAACUGCCUUUGAGUCCGGAACAAUUGAACAACAAACAAUCACAAAACGAUCAAAAACACCAGUUAAUGAGAAUAUAGAUGACAAUAACAAACAUAAACCUCAUUCGGAAGUCAAAAGUCAACACAAUUCUACAAACAACGACGAUGAUCAACAAACACGAGUAGAUCGACCUAUUUAUACACGAUCUGCAGGAUAUUUACCAACAGAAGGUGUGAAUGUUGAACAUCUUUCGUCGACAACUGAAGAUGAACAUGCAAUUUUGAAACCAUUACCAAUUAUAAGAACCGGAAAAUUAUCUAUUGAACGUAAUACGAUUGCUCCAGUGUUAUCGGCUUCAACAUCUCAUCCACCUUAUCUUAGUUCAUCGGAGUAUAGUGAUAAUUCUGAUAGUUUAGAUACAACAAAAGUCUCCUAUAGCAUCAUUCUACCACGAAAAGAGGAACAACAAUCUACUCCAAAACUGAGGCAACGAAACGAAACAUCGCUCAAACAAGAUGAAUUACAAACAGAUAAAUUGUCUCUAAAUAAAAUUCGUCGAAUGUCAGAUACUCAAAUAGAUAUUACUAGCAAGAAAAAUGUUGACUUUAAUAGUGAAACUAAACCAUCUAUUACUACCCCUACUCCAACCAUGAUACAACCUUUCCGUACAACGAUACCUACACCUUAUGCUACAACAUAUCUUCCAUUAAAAACAAAAAAUUUAUUAGUAGGCAGUGAGGCUGAAAUGCCUUACAUCGAUGAUAGUAUCGCCAGCUCGUCAUCUGCUCGAUCAACAACGUUAGCUUCUAGAAUUAGUAUGCCAGAAACUCAACGAAUCGUAUCAUUCUCAGGUUUGACACGUAGUCACGAUGUGUGA